AUGUCUGAACAGAGCAUGGAUGAGAAAGUUGAGCGGGCAACUAACAGCAAAAAUGUCUCACUGCCAAUGUCAAGAGUGAAACUGAUCAUGAAAAGCUCUCCGGACGUUUCAUGUAUUAACCAAGAUGCCCUUUUCCUGACCACAAAAGCAACGGAGCUUUUCGUUCAGCACUUGGCCUUGUCCUCUUACACUAAUGGAUCAGGAAAAGAAAAAAACACUCUGUCAUACAGUGAUCUUGCGAACACUGCCGAAGAGACGGAGACUUUUCAGUUUCUCACUGAUAUCCUUCCAAAGAAGAUAUUGGCAAGGGAUUACCUGAAGUCCCUGGAGGCGAGAGAGGAUGAGGAAGAGGACAAUUAACCAGACUGCCUGUAGUGGAGAAUUGCAGAGUCUGUGACCAUCACAUCACAAUUAGUGAGACUUAAUAAAGUAACCACAUCCUGAGUGCUCAAAACAAAGAGACACGAAUGCAAUUGUAGAAAAUUACUGAAGAAAUCAGGAAACAGCCGAGUGACAUUGCUGUGCUCAAGCCAUGGCCAUAUUGUGAAAUCCAGCUAAUUAAAGUACAGCACUGUUCUUGUAGUUUUGUUUAGAGGACUGGCAUUUACAUUUUGUAUGCCAUUCAUUUAAACAACUGACAUUAUGGACUUGCUUGCAUAGCACAGUGAACACUAAUCAUGUUCAGAUCACAGUAUGUGCUGUCUUGUUUGUACUGUAAAUGGCAGAUUUUGGUACUGACAUUUGCCAUAGAGCCACUGCUGUUCUUUGGAAACAUGCUGCAAAAUUGACACUCGUAUGAUGCAUUCCAUAUUGAUGUAUAAAAAUGAAUUGCUUAAAGGACCACAGAUGAAGUGGUCAUGUUUAAUGUGACAUAAGUAAUAUUUAAGUAUCAGCAAUACAAGAUAGUGUUGCUCAGGGCAUUGAAAUACGUUUUGUUUUGGUUGGGUUUUUUUACAUAAAUAUAUUUCAUAGUGCAGGAAUCGGUUUUAAGUGAAAGACUGGAGUAACACUGAAGUUGUUUUUUUUGUUACUGAAUGCUUGGAGAAUAUAAGCAAAUCAGAGGAACCCUGGAUUUUGCCAACUUUAAUGUGUUGUGGUAGUAACUGCCUUGAGCAGUGAUGACAAACUCAGGCAUUCUGUCCAGACAUCCUGUUGGUUUUGUAUAUAUAUACCAACCACUAUAUGUGUCUAAUUUGGCAAAAGAGUGCACACAUCUGGUUCCCAGCCCAUGUAAAGAUGGACUAAUUAUGAGGCGCGGGGAA